AAAAAAAUAAAAAAAUUUACUUCAUAUUGGUUCUCUUUUUCUUUAAUGGGGAAAUCUCUUCCUUUCACAGGGAAACUCCAAGAACUCACCAAAAUAGCCUCUUCCCACCAACCUAAACGCUCAAAAGUAGCGCCUUUAAUUCCCCUUAGGCCCAGACAGGUCCGAGUUGACUCCCAGCCACUCAAGGUAAAGAAGAUGGAGGAUAGCUCGCUCUGUCUUGAUGGCCUGAAUGGUGUGCCGCUUUCCCAGGUAGUCUCCUUGUGCGCAAAACGGUGGUUUCAAGACACACUUAGGGAGGCCAAUGCUGGUGAUAUUGCCAUGCAGGUCCUUGUGGGUCAGAUGUAUUACAGUGGAUAUGGUGUUCAGAAAAAUGCCCAAAAGGGCUGUGAGUGGAUUAACAGAGCUUCAAAGAGUCGGGCGUCAGUGUGGAAAGUGAGUGAUAAACAUCCAGGUUAUAAUGCAAGUGACUCAGAUUCAGAUGAAGCAAAGCGGGAGGCAAAUAAUAGCAGAUAGUUAUUCUCAUUGAACUUGCAAAUGAGAAUCUGAGUUGCAGAACUGCUACAUUUCUUCCCAUAGGGGGUUCUAAAACCUCUCAGACAUGAAAAGUUUGAAAGGUAUAAACAUUAUGUGUAAGGUCAGCUAAGCUAACAUAAUCAAUUGUUUGUGCAUUUCUUUAUUUUUGGUAGUCUUAGAGUAUAUCCUUCAUCAACUGCUAUAUUGCAUCCAUUCAGGAAUCAGUAUUUAUAUUUCCACAUUAUCCAAAACCUGUUUCAAAGGAGCAAGACUGAAGUAGCAAGCUUUUGCCCCUAACUGAAACUUUAGUUUCUAGAGAUAUUCAUAGUUUACGAUGCCAAUUGAAUCUGAGAAUUUUAUCCUGUGAGCUAGUUACAGUGCAUCUUUAUCUUGUUUCUUUGGAAAUUGACUGAUUUUUCUUUCUGAAUGUUAACUUAAACUGUUGAAUGGUGGUUCAUUACUUAACUUUACCUACUAUCACCUUCUUUGCGCCCUUUAUGAUAUUUCUUUUGCUGACCCAAAAAAUAAAUUAAUUAAACUAAUAAAAAGAACAAGAAGAGGAGAAAUACUUCAGGAUGAUCAGGACACCUGAAUUUCUCUUUUAUUUUCAAAGUAACUGGCACACUUCAACUUUGCUCAUUCUGCAUGAUAGGCAAAUUUGAUUUACCUUUUGAUGGAUUACCUUAGAUGCAUUAAUGCAGGCUGAGGUUUGCAUCAAUCCCUUUAAAAUUCAAUGAUGCUUUCGUACUGCUGACUUAUGAGCACAACUUUAGUUAGUAGUUACCUAAUUUGAUUUGAUGGUGAUUAUUUUCCUCAUUGCAGCAACUUGGAAUAGUACUCCAAAUGCUUUUGCAUAUUGUGCAUCCUGAAAUAUAUUAUUAUCCUAGUUGUUACAUUGGCCCUAGGUAAGGUAUCAUGUCACUGUCCCACAUGCUCUUUGAUGCUUCCUUUUAUAUGCCUAAACUAGAUCAAGUAAUCUUUCUUAAGCUAAGUUGAAAGAGAUUGUGAACUCUCAGAAAACCAGAUUGGGAAUUUCAUUUAUUAGCAAUCAUUCACAGGGAUUUAUUAAAGGAAAAAAGGAAAAAGAAUGAAAAAAAAGAAUGGUAUUCAACUAAUUAGCAAGAAGCUUUUACCAGCUCAGAAGAGAUGAGGAAUUGUAGUGGCAAUGAUAAAGUGGACAAGUAAUCUUACCACUACCCAGGCUGACAUCCAUAUUACUUGGGGGACAAAUGGAAAUUGACAAGAAUGAUGAAUCAGGCACUAGCAUUUUAUGAUUUCACAACACAAACAAGUGUUAUUGCAAUCUUACUCGAAUGAUCUAGCAAGCUUUGAAAGAUCAAAUUUCAAAUGCUUCUCAUUGGGCAUCGAACUUCCAGAAUAUACUGAAUCGCGUUUAUUG